AAAUAAUAAAUACAUCAUUAAUCUAUAAAUUAAAAGUUGAAGAGCUUACAUUAAUUAUUCAGUGGACACAUGGCAAAUGUUAAAGUGAUGAUGUGUCAAUCAUAUGGAGAGAGUUGGCCAACUUUCAUAUAUAUGAUUCUUAAACCUGUAAAAGUUCAGUUCACCCGACGAACCAACUUCCAAGUAGUAGUCCAAAUCAUAGAUUCUUUUGAGGUUUUAAAUGUACCCUCACGUCAGAAUCUACUUAAGUCUUUCCCCUUUUUCUGUCUCUCUUUCACCUUUUCUUCUCCAUCGAUCUUACCUCCACGGAACUUCUUAUUUAAAUCAAAAAAAUUCAGAAUCUUUUAAUCUCACGCAGGCAAAUGUCUCGUAAUUUAAUCUAUAGAAGAAACAGAGCUCUCUGUUUUGUUUUAAUCUUGUUCUGCUUCCCUUACCGGUUUGGCGCUAGAAACACGCCGGAGGCGGAACAAUCCACAGCAAAAGCAACUCAAAUAAUACACGUCAGCAAUUCCACGUGGCAUGAUUUCUCUCGUCUUGUAGAUGUCCAAAUAGGUAGCCACGUCAGCGGCGUAUCAGAGCUCAAAAGAUACCUCCACCGAUUCGGUUACGUCAAUGAUGGCUCCGAAAUAUUUUCCGACGUGUUCGAUGGUCCUCUGGAAUCGGCAAUCUCUCUGUAUCAAGAAAAUCUCGGUUUACCAAUAACCGGAAGACUCGACACGAGUACAGUUACUCUCAUGUCGUUACCGCGAUGUGGCGUUAGCGAUACGCACAUGACCAUCAACAACGAUUUCCUCCACACAACGGCGCAUUAUACGUAUUUCAACGGUAAACCGAAAUGGAACCGUGAUACGCUAACCUACGCUAUCUCCAAAACUCACAAACUCGAUUACUUGACGUCAGAAGACGUCAAAACCGUUUUCCGGCGAGCUUUUUCACAGUGGUCAAGCGUGAUUCCGGUGAGUUUCGAGGAAGUCGACGAUUUCACGACGGCUGAUUUAAAGAUCGGAUUCUACGCUGGUGAUCACGGUGACGGGCUUCCGUUUGACGGUGUACUUGGAACUUUAGCACACGCUUUUGCGCCGGAGAACGGGAGGCUUCACCUCGACGCGGCGGAGACGUGGAUCGUCGACGAUGACUUGAAAGGAUCUUCAGAGGUGGCCGUUGACUUGGAGUCUGUGGCGACUCACGAGAUCGGUCACUUGUUGGGAUUAGGACAUAGCUCGCAGGAGUCGGCGGUUAUGUAUCCGAGUCUCCGACCGAGGACCAAGAAAGUUGACCUUACGGUUGAUGACGUGGCAGGUGUACUUAAGCUAUAUGGUCCGAAUCCUAAACUACGGUUGGAUUCACUAACGCAGUCGGAAGAUUCUAUUAAAAACGGCACCGUAUCACAUAGAUUCUUGUCGGGGAAUUUUAUCGGUUAUGUUCUGUUGGUUGUUGGUUUGAUUCUUUUCCUAUAGGUUUAUAGGCAUAAAAAAUACUGUUUUUAUUCAUUUAUUUUUAAUUAAAUGUACAUAUAUUUUUCAACUAUGUAAAUGUAAAUAUAUAGUUGAACAAAAAAAGAUGUACAUAUAUAGUUAGGCUUAUAAUUAGGUUUAUGGUCUUGAUGAUAGCUUCCUCUAAGGGAUUAUUAUUCUUUGAUUCAUUACUUUUUGAGUUUGUGUAUAUCAUUAUCUCAAAAAAUUGAAAGAUAUUGAUGUUUAUGGAAC